CCAUGGAUGUAAGGUUUUACCCGACUGCUGGGGGGAAUUCUAUCCCGGGAGAACCUCCCAACCUGGAUUUUGCCCACUGUUUGGGCUACUACAACUUCAAUAAGUUCCAGAAUAACAACAAUUACAUGAACAUGGCUGAGGCGAAUGGCGCUCUGCUUGCUGCUGGAGAUACGUUCCAUACACCCAGCCUGGGGGAUGAGGAGUUUGAGAUUCCUCCCAUCACACCUCCACCUGAGACAGAAUCCAGUCUUGGACCAGAGGUGAACUCACCAUACCCAUCGAUGCCAGAGCCCCCAGCGCCACACAGGGGUCCAAUAAUCCCCCAGUUCCCCCCACAGAGUCUGGACCUGCCCUCGAUUACCAUCUCACGCAACAUGAUGGAUCAUGAAGGGGUGUCAGUCAACAACGGCCAGCCUGUGAAUGUUGGAGCGGGUCAUAUACGUCAGUACCAAUCCAAUCCAUCCAUGGUGAUGAAGUCAAUCAUUAACAUGAACAGUUCCAAUGGUAUGAUGGCACGAAACCAGCUGACCACCAUCAACCAGUCCCAGCUCAACGCACAGCUGAGUUUAAACAUGGCGGGACCCAACAUCACCCAUACAGCUCCUUCACCACCAGCUAGCAAGUCUGCCACACCCUCUCCCUCCAGUUCCAUCAAUGAAGAUGACCAGGACGACAGCAACAGGGUAAUUGGAGAGAAGCGACCAGCCCCAGUAGAUCCUACAAAGAAACCCAAGACUCCUAAGAAAAAGAAGAAGAAGGAUCCUAAUGAGCCCCAAAAGCCAGUGUCAGCUUACGCCUUGUUCUUUAGGGACACCCAGGCUGCUAUCAAGGGUCAGAAUCCCAACGCUACGUUUGGAGAAGUGUCCAAGAUUGUAGCAUCCAUGUGGGAUGGCCUGGGAGAGGAACAGAAACAGGUUUAUAAAAGCAAAACAGAAGCUGCCAAGAAAGAGUAUCUGAAAGCUCUUGCUGCAUAUCGUGCUAGUCUGGUUUCUAAG